ACAACUUGGAAUGUCCUGUAAUAUCUAACAUGUAAGCAGGUCAAAUCAUUUUCUAGACAGAAUCUGAGCCUCUGUGUCUCUCAGUCUCUCUCUCUCUCUCAUUCUCUUUCAACAUGGAAUUUGAAAAGCAUGAAAAAGGAAGCGUAUUAAACAAGAAUUUAGAGGAGAAACUGACGGUCUCUUCUGGUGACUGUGAAGCCAAACCUUUGAGCUUCACAUUUGUCCCCACUGUCAGAAGACUACCAACCCACACUCAGUUGGCUGACACCUCUAAAUUCCUUGUUAAAAUUCCAGAAGAACCAAGUGCUAAGAAUCCAGAAACUGUAAAUAAGUCUAAUUCUGAUGACUACUUGACCUUGAAUGCUGGGAGCCAACAAGAGAGAGACCAAGGGACAUUGACUUACUCUUCAGAGGUCAGUAGAACAAUUUCACAAGAAAGGGAAUUGAAAGCAAACGAACUUCAAGGAAUGCAGCAAAGUGACAUCUUCAAAGCUGAGUAUGUCUUUAUUGUGGACUCUGAAGGAGAAGAUGAAGCUACAAGCAGAAAAGGUGAACAAGGCCCUACAGUGGGGACAGGCACCACUCCCGCCCGGCCCAAGUCUCUAGCAAUCUCUUCCAGUCUGGUCUCUGAUGCGGUGCGUCCCAAAACACGGGGGACUGAACUCAAGGCCUCAUCACAUCCUGAAAUGCCUCAUGGGAUGGCCCCUCAGCAAAAGCACGGGCAGUUAACUUCUUCUCCCACUACCUCUGAGCAGCUUGCCUGUAAACCACCUGCUUUCUCCUUUGUUUCUCCAACUAAUCAGAGCACACCACUCGACCCAGCUAACCUCGACGGAGCCUCUGUCCUAGAGGAGUUCCACACUAGGAGGCUGGAUGUCAGUGGGGCGGUGGUGGAAGAAUCAGCUACGUAUUUUCAAACUACCGCCCACUCUUCACCCUUUUCUGCACCGAAGGGCACCUCCUCGACGUUACCGUUUCCCCAUUCCACUCAGCUACCAGGGUCUAAUUUAUUCAGUCCGAGCGCAGCAGAGCCAAAGCCUGGACUGACACCCGAAGCUCCGAAGAAGACUUUAACCUCGCCUGUCCUUAGUCGCGGAGAAAGUCCGAGAACCUCUUCUCCUCCAGCAUCCGCGUGUGCACCUGCGAAGUCGAAUGCAGCGUUGUACAUACCUGUCCGCAUUGUCACGCACUCACUCUCUCCAAGUCCGAAACCGUUCACCUCCUCUUUCCACGGCUCUUCCUCCACCAUCUGUAGCCAAAUGUCAUCCAGCGGAAAUCUUUCCAAGUCAGGUGUAAAAUCCCCGGUGCCCUCUCGGCUUUCCCUCCUCACCGCCAUCCUCAAGUCAAAGCCUUCUCACCAAAGACCCUUUUCCCCCGCAUCCUGCCCCACCUUCUCUCUCAACUCCCUGGCCUCGUCCACGCUCACACUCGAUCAAAAGCCAAAGCAGACCCCGCCCACGCCUAAAAAGUCUCUCUCCAGUUGCUCCCUGAGAGCCAGGUCUCCGGAUCCAGGGGAGCGCCAGGAUUCUGAGCUGACCCAGCGAUCCUUUCACGUCCCUUUUUCUGCCCCGUCUGCUCCCGUUUCUCAGCUGCCCUCCCACUCCCCUGCAACACGUGUUAGUAGCGGUCUUGUUUCUUUGAACGUAGAGAAAGCACCAUCACCCACUUUGAAGAGCAAUACCGUGCUCUCCCUGCUGCAAACCGACACAUCGGCAGGUCUUCCUCCUGUUCCACCGAGCCCUUCUAUUUCUUCUGGGAAGGGCAAACAGGAUGGUGACCUCAGGGGUCCAGAAAAGGCGAGAAAUAUUUAUACACACCCUUCUACCUUAGCCUCCCCUGCGUUAUCUUCUUUAUCUCCUCCUAGUAAUCAAAGAGCCACACUCCCCCCUCCGGAGAAAUGUUUCCAUCCUUCCCCAGCUCUUUCAAACCUGAUACACAGGUCCCAAAGAGCAUCACCCCAACUCUCUGGCCAGCAGCUGAAUCCUUCAGCUCUUCCCUCACUCCCUGUCUCCAGCGCUAGCUCUGCCCCUCUUGCCAAGGCGGGGUCCUCCUCUUUCCCUUGUGCUAAUCUGCCCAGCCAGGCGCUCCAGCUCAGUCCCCCAGCCCUGCACCCACAUGGUGGCAGUGGUACCUUGCCUUCAAGACUUGGGAAAUCUGAAAGCAGGUCACCUGUUUCAACCCCAUCACUUCCCGUAUCUCUAACAAGAACUGAGGAGCUGAUUUCACCUUGUGCAUUGUCCAUGUCAACAGGCCCUGAAAAUAAGAAACCCAAGCAAUACAAGACCAAGUCAAGCUACAAGGCUUUUGCAGCAAUCCCUACAAACACAUUGCUUUUGGAACAGAAGGCACUAGAUGAACCAGCCAAGACUGAAAGUGUCUCCAAGGACAACCCGUUAGAUCUACCUGUGGAGUUGUGUUCCCCUGCACAGCUCAGGCAGCAAACUGAAGAGCUCUGUGCUACCAUUGAUAAGGUCUUACAGGAUUCCUUGUCUAUGUAUUCCUCUGAUUCUCCUUCAAGGUCCCCACAGACAUUGUUGGGUUCUGACACAAUCAAAACUCCUGCAACUCUUCCAAGAGCAGCUGGUCGAGAAACAAAAUAUGCAAAUCUCUCCUCACCGUCUUCUACAAUAUCUGAGAGUCAACUGACCAAGCCUGGAGUAAUUCGGCCAGUACCUGUAAAAUCCAAAAUAUUACUGAGAAAAGAGGAGGAGGUCUAUGAACCCAACCCUUUCAGUAAAUACCUGGAAGAUAACAGUGACCUCUUUUCUGAACAGGAUGAGACAGUCCCUCCCAAGGCUGUUUCACUCCAUCCUUUAUAUCAAACUAAACUCUAUCCUCCUGCUAAGUCCCUGCUGCAUCCACAGGCCCUCUCGCAUGCUGAUUGUCUUGCCCCAGGACCCUUCAGCCACCUGUCCUCCUUCUCACUGAGUGAUGAACAGGAGGAUUCUCACACACUCUCUAGUCACAACGCAUUUAUUAAGCUGAGUCAUCCAAUGGUGGCUAUUCCUGAACAUGAAACUCUCGAUUCCAAAGAGCAAUGAAGCUGGAGCAGAAGCUGAAAACAUCGUCUGCUGAAGUUUUUGGGAAUGCUGGUGCUAACCAUUGCUAGAUUUAACUUUUGUUUUUUCCAGAAUGAGUGAUCCCUUUGUAAACUGCAAUGCAGCAGAACUCAAAUAACGUUUGCUACAGUCAUAUAGCAUCACAAUACUCUAACACCCAGCAUAGGAGAGAUUUACCUACAGCUUCUUGCACCACUGUUCAAGCCUUUAAUGCCUUCUAUUAAGCUGACAGCAAUACUAACGUGCCCCCUAUAUUUAGCAGCCAAAUAAAGAAGAAUCAUGGGUAAAUAAAAGAAUGGCUGUGA